GUCACCUGUCACUCCUCCCUUUCUUUCCCGUUUUCCGUUUUCGACCAUUACGUUACUCGUGCUCUGUGUCUUGUGACAAGUUCCCUUCCUAAUUAAUUCCUAAAUUUUAUUAAUUCUUUCCAAUCAAUUGCUUCCAGGCAAUCUAAGCAAUUUACUCUGAUAAUUUGUUGCCCAGCUUCAAAGGAAUAAUGCCCAACCGACGUGUGAUCAGACGCCCCCGCCCUGCGGCCCAUCCUGCUGACCGCACCAUCGCCAUCAGCAAAGCUGGAUUGAGGAAAUGUGCCCUCAUCCACUAUCUCCUUGGCCUACUGAUGUUGUUUAAGCUGACCGCAUUCAACGUCGAGAAGGUCAACGCUGCGAUUCAAGAACUUUUAAUUCCUGAGCCCGAUGCCUGGGAAUGGGUCUGGAUCGCCAGCCUUCUAGUUACUGCAUUUGCUAUACAGGACUGUGACAAAGGCGAUAUUGCAAGUCUGCGCUACUAUAUGAUUUUCAUGGUGGUAUUGGGGAUUUUUCCGCUGAUAUGGGGUGGAACCAUUUGGUUUUCUGAUGCCUGGGCAUACCUGUUUGCCUAUGAUGCACCAUUUCACAUUGUAUACUGGAAUGGGUAUCCUGCUGGAAUCAUAUGGUAUCAUUUUAUAAUGUUUACCCUCCUGGUGCAUGGGUUCUUCUUGUAUUUCAGCUUCAAAUUGGUAAAUGCUUGGGAGGCCAGAAACAAUCAUGAUGAAUAAUCGGCUAAGAAGUGAGCAGGUUCUCUGUUUUUUUUUUUUGAAAUUUCCUUAAUUAUUUUCUUAUUCUUUUGUACUUAGAAUUAAUGCUUCUGUUUUGUUUUUGAGCAACCUGUUCAGUUACCUAUUGAUGGUGCCAUUUGGCUUAUUUAGAUUUCGAUUAGAUUUACUAUUUAGAUUAGAAAUACCGUUCCAUUCUAAACUGCCAGUUUAUUAGAUAUAGUUUUUCAAUAUUUGCUUUAGCUUAAAUUUUCAUUUAAUUUUGUGAUCAGAUGUGAUUUUAGUAAUGAAAAAAAAACUGGCAACUUAGAAUUGCUUAAAGUUAAGCCAUUGAACGACGUACAUUUAUUUUGUAAUUUAAUGAAAUUACUUAUUAUUUAGAAGUUUUUGAAAUCAGCAAUUUUUUUCAGAUUUUAUGUAAAAUUUUAAUAAAAACGUCAUUUCUUUUCAAAUAAUAAAGAAUGUUUUGAAAAUCAAUGGAAUAUCUGAGAAAAACUGCUGAAAUUUUUAAAUGUUAGUUAUUUAAUAAUCGGAGCAUUAUUUAUCACUAACUUUGUCAUAAUUAUCAUUUGUUCACUUAAUUUUGUACGUUUAUAAUAAUUAGUCACUUAGAAUUUGUAAUUUUUGAGUUCACAUGAAAUUAAUAAUAAAUACUUUGCUACAUAA